GCUUCUCUGUUUCCCCAGCCCAGCAACUGUUUGGAAGUCAGAUCCCCACAUCCUGCUCUACUGGAUCAAGUCCCCCCUUGACCGGCUCUUGUACAUCAUUUGCCGAAGUGAGCCAGUGGGUUCCCCUUUGCAGGAUCUCCCCCGGCAAUUUCCCUUCACCCGCGCUUGGAUCUCUCAGAUCUCUUCAGAUGAAGAUGGCCUUGCCUGGGAAUCCUGCUAGUACCAUCAUUAUCUAACCAUGGGACAGGGCUGUGCCCACAGGUCUGGGGGCAGGAGAACGGGGUUAAUCAACGCCCCCCAGAAACACUGGAGGACUUGCCCAGCCUUUGAAGAACUCUAGCAGUUUCUGAAUCUAGCUCACUGGCGGUAAGCAUGAUGCAAUUUCUGCCACUUUUGCUGGGAUUCUGGGGGCCAGGUGGCUACUUGUUGCUUUCAGGAGACUGCCAGGAGGUGGCCACCCUCACUGUGAAAUACCAAGUGUCAGAGGAAGUGCCGUCUGGCACAGUGAUAGGGAACCUGUCCCGGGAACUGGGCCGGGAGGGGAGGCGUGGGCAAGUGGGGGCUGCCUUUCAGGUUUUGCAGCUGCCACAGGCACUCCCCAUCCAGGUGGACUUUGAGGAUGGCCUGCUCAGCACAGGGAGGCGACUAGACCGAGAGCAACUCUGCCGGCAGCGGGACCCCUGCCUGGUUUCCUUUGAUGUGCUUGCUACAGGGGAUCUGGCUCUGAUCCAUGUGGAGAUCCAGGUGCUAGACAUCAAUGACCACCAGCCUCAGUUUCCCAAAAGUGAGCAGGAGCUAGAAAUCUCUGAGAGUGCCUCUCUGCACACCAAUCCCCUGGACAGAGCCCUUGACCCAGACACGGGUUCUAACAGCCUGCAUUCCUACACCCUGUCUCCCAGCGAGCACUUUGCCCUAGAUGUCAUUGUGGGGCCUGAUGAGACCAAACAUGCAGAGCUUGUGGUGGUGAAGGAGCUGGACAGGGAAAUCCACUCAUUUUUUGAUCUGGUGCUAACAGCCUAUGACAGUGGGAACCCCCCCAAGUCAGGCACCAGCUUGGUCAAGGUCAACGUCUUAGAUUCCAAUGACAAUAGCCCUGUGUUUGCUGAGAGUUCACUGGCACUAGAAAUUCAAGAAGACGCUGCCCCUGGUACUCUCCUCAUAAACUUGACUGCUACGGACCCUGACGAAGGCCCCAAUGGGGAGGUGGAGUUCUUCCUCAGUAAACAUGUGCCUCCAGAAGUACUGGACACCUUCAGUAUUGAUGCCAAGACAGGCCAGAUGAUUCUGCUUCAAUCCCUAGAUUAUGAAAAGAAUCCUGCUUAUGAGGUAGAUGUCCAGGCAAGGGACCUAGGUCCCAACCCCAUCCCAGCCCAUUGCAAAGUUCUCAUCAAGGUUCUGGAUGUCAAUGACAAUGCCCCAAGCAUCCACAUCACCUGGGCCUCCCAGCCAUCACUGGUGUCAGAAGGUCUUCCCAAAGACAGUUUCAUUGCUCUCAUCAUGGCAAAUGACUUGGACUCAGGAAACAACGGGCUGGUUCACUGCUGGCUGAGCCAAGAGCUGGGCCACUUCAGGCUGAAAAGGACCAAUGGCAACACAUAUAUGCUGCUAACCAAUGCCACACUGGACAGGGAGCAGUGGCCUAAAUAUACCCUCACCCUGUUGGCUCAAGACCAAGGACCCCAGCCCUUAUCAGCCAUGAAACAGCUCAGCAUUCAGAUCAGCGAUGUGAAUGACAAUGCACCUGUAUUUGAGAAGAGCAGGUAUGAGGUCUCUACUCGAGAAAACAACCUACCCUCUCUUCACCUCAUUACCAUCAAGGCUCAUGAUGCUGAUUUGGGCAUUAAUGGAAAAAUCUCUUACUGUAUCCAGGACUCCCCAGUUUCUCACUUGGUGGCUAUUAACUCAGACACAGGUGAGGUGACUGCUCAGAGGUCACUAGACUAUGAACAGUUGACUGGCUUCGAGUUCCGGGUGAUUGCAGAGGACAAGGGGCAGCCCCAGCUCGUGUCCAGUGUCUCUGUACAGGUCAGUCUCCUGGAUGCCAAUGAUAAUGCCCCAGAGGUGAUUCAUCCCAUACUCAGUGAUGGAAAAGCCAGCCUCUCAGUGCUUGUAAAUGCCUCCACAGGCCACCUUCUGGUGCCCAUUGAGACUCCUAAUGGCUUGGGUCUAGUAGGCACAGACUCAUCACCACUGGCCACCCACAGCUCCCGGCCAUUCCUUUUAUCAACCAUUGUAGCAAGAGAUGCAGACUCAGGGGCAAAUGGAGAGGUUCUCUACAGCAUUCGGAGUGGGAACGAGGCCCAUCUCUUUGUCCUCAACCCUUACCUGGGCCAGUUGUUCAUCAACAUCACCAAUGCCAGUAGCCUUAUUGGGAGUGAGUGGGAGCUGGAAAUAGUGGCGGAAGACCGUGGCAGCCCCUCCUUGCAGACCCGAGCCCUGCUGAGGGUCUUGUUUGUCAGCAGCGUGGACCACCUGAGGGACUCAGCUCAUGAGCCCGGGGUCCUGAGCACAUCAGUGCUGACGGUGAUUUGCCUGAUCGUGCUGCUGGCCAUCUUCGGGUUGAUCUCAGCUCUGAUCGUGUCCAUCUGCCGGACAGAAAAGAAGGACAAGGCCUACAAUUGUCGGGAGGCUGAGUCCACCUACCGCCACCAGCCCAAGCGGCCUCAAAAACACAUUCAGAAAGCAGACAUUCAUCUCGUGCCUGUGCUCAGGGGCCAGGCGGAUGAGCCGAGCAGAGGCGGAGAGUCCCACAAGGACACAGGCAAGGAGGCGAUGAUGGAAGCAGGCUGGGAUCCCUGCCUGCAGGCCCCCUUUCACCUCACACCCACUCUAUACCGAACCCUGAGGAACCAAGGCAACCAGGGAGCCCUCACUGAGAGCCGAGAGGUGCUGCCUGACACGGUCAACCUCCUUUUCAAUCAUCCCAGGCAGAGGAAUGCCUCCCGGGAGAACCUGAGCCUUCCUGAGCUUCAGCCUGCUACAGGCCAGUCACGCCUGAAGCCUGUGAAGGUUGCGAGCAGUCCCACAGGGAGGUUGUCUAGAGACCCAAGCAGCGAGGAAGCCCCACUGAGCCCACCUGCCUCCUCUGCAACCCUGAGGCGGCAGCGGAAUCUCAAUGGCAAAGUGACCUCUGAGGCAGAGACGGGUCCCCAUCAGAUUCUGCGAAGCCUGGUCCGGUUGUCUGUGGCUGCCUUUGCAGAACGGAACCCAGUGGAGGAGCUCACUGUGGAUUCUCCGCCUGUUCAGCAAAUCUCCCAGCUGCUGUCCUUGCUGCAUCAGGGCCAAUUCCAGCCCAAACCAAACCACCGGGGAAAUAAGUACUCAGCCAAGCCCGGCGGCGGCAGGAGUACAAACCCAGACGCAGAGGGCCCAGGUGCCAGGGCUGGUGGCCAAGCAGAACCUGACCAGGAAGAAGGAUCUUUGGACUCUGAAGAGGAUCUCUCCGUGAAGCAGCUGCUAGAAGAAGAACUGUCAAGCCUGCUGGACCCCCAUACAGGUUUGGCCCUGGACCGACUGAGCACCCCCGACCCAGCCUGGAUGGCAAGGCUUUCUUUACCCCUGGCCACCAACUACCGUGACAACUUAUUCUCUGCUGACGCUGCAGCCUCAGAGGAGCCUAGAACCUUCCAGACAUUCGGCAAGGGGACUGGACCAGAGUUGAGCCCGACGGGCACACGACUGGCCAGCACCUUCGUCUCGGAGAUGAGCUCACUGCUGGAGAUGCUGCUGGAGCAGCGCCCCAGCGUGCCCGUAGAGGCCGCCUCUGAGGUGCUGCGACGCCUCUCUGUUUGCGGGAGAACCCUCAGCCUAAACCUGGCCACCAGUGGGGCCUCAGGCGCAGAAGUCCAGGGGGGAGCAGGUGAGAAGGGGAUUGAGAGUAGGUCCUACAGCAACAGCAGCAGCAAGGGCCUGUGGAUCCAGGAACCAGGAGCUCUGGCAGAUGUUAUGGAGCCCAGACCCUGAACAUCCUGGGACAUGAACUGGCUUCUAAAAUCCUUGAACUCACUGGCCAGAGGUGACCCAAGAAAUUUGGGGUGAUCAUGUUGCCCCACAGAGGGUGGCAGGGGUCCAGGACUAACAACUGGCUGAGCAAAGCAGCCAGCCCUGGGCUGUCUCUGCCUGUGAACUUUUUGGAAAACGAAGUGUCUGUGGCUAAGAUUAAGUGUUUGCUGGCAAAACACACAUGAAGGGUGAAGCGUCAGUCCUCUGGCGGAAUUAUGCCAAGGAAUGUCACAAGCAGGGAAGGAUGGUUUAUUGCAUUCUGGAGGAUGGGGGCUGGAUUCUGGAGUACCAGGAAAAGCUCACUGACUUACUAAUAAAGGAAAAGCUGUAGUUUGUUCUCCUGUUUGCACCUGUUAAGGGGGAGGAAGGAAGAACAACAGAGAGGGUUGUCAUUCCAUCUCCAACAAGACCUUGCCAGGUCUGAACAGGAGUCAGGCAAGUUGGAGUGUUGCUAGGUAUGCAGUAAUGGACACACAUGCCCUUGACCCCACACGUCUACUGCUGCAUUCUCUAAUACUCUAACACUCAACUGGAAAAUUAGGGCUAGGAAAAGAAUGACUGUUUAGAGUGCAUUUACACCAGCCAGGCACUGGGUUUUACAAUAGGAUUUAAUUUCCCAACAACACUGGGAAGGAGGUGUAAUUAUCCCCAUUUCACAGACAAGGACAUGAGGCUUGAAAAGGCUGAGUGUCUUGCCCAAAGAUCAAGUAGAGAGUAGAAACAGAGGCAGCACUUGGAGCCAGCCUUGUCUAAUACCAGAACCCAUGCUUUUGACCUUGACACUAAGCUGCCUGGCAAGGCAAAGCAAGGCAAAAUCCCCGUAGGUGAACUUUUGCCAGUAGUAGACUUGCCUGACCUCCUCUCAAAAAACAAUAUUUAAAAGAAUACUUCCAAAGCCUGUCAGGCCUGUGUGGCUCUGCACAUCUAAGAACAAAAGGCACAUGGAUUUGACCUAAUGCAGGCCUGGGCUUCUGCAGGCUCCUGUCCUUCCCCACAAGCAGUCCUCCAGGGACAGAAGUCCUCUUUGUAGACCCACUGUUUGUGAGUAAAACUUUCUCUGUCACAACAGGUUCAGGCCUGUGAAUUCAAUCCAAGAGGACAGUGCGUGAACUGAGUCUAUGAAAUCGACACUGACAGCAUCAAACCUUCCAGGGGAGAAAAGAGUGAGAGACAGCAAAUACUUUCCCAAUGCUCAGAUUUAUACUAAUUUUCCUGGAAAAUUCCAAGCUGUAAUUCAGCUAGCUUCUCAAUAGUUUGGGGUUCUGGAUUCCUCUCUGUGCUCUUCUUUUUGUCCUUUUUUGGAGCUCAGCACUCAUGUUCACUAUCCACAGAAAUGGGCUAAUCAUACUCCCUACCAGGGAUCGUGAAAGCCAUAUUAACUUGGAAUGCAGUGUGGCAUCGUUAGUCCGUUAUUUCACCUUACAGAUGAGGAAAAUAAGGCCCCCCAAAGUUAAGAGCUUUAGGGGCAGAGUCCCUAGGCCUCUGAUUGUCUCACUCCAGGCAAGAGUGAUCCCCUUAUGAGAUCUCUGAUUUUCACACUACAGGGUGCCCAAGUCAGAGAGGCCAGGUGCUGGCACAAAGCGAUGCUUGAACCAUACUUGAAUGGAUGGAUGAAUAAAUGAAUGAAUGAUGCAUGGGGAAAUAAAUGCUUCAGAGCUCCCUUUUAUUUAUAUUGGAGCUCCAGGUAAGACUUCAUUAGAAAAAUAAAUGGUUCCAUUAUGUGAAAGCAAAGUCUGAAAACCACAGCACAAGAGCCAAAAGUGCUGAUUCCCCGAUUACUUGUGGCUUCAUA